CCGGCGCCCACCAGCCGCCCUCCUCCCCGGGACCAUCUGCAGCGCUUAUCGGGGAGUGGGGGAGACGUGGCCCCUGUCCCACUGGUCGUUGGAGCUUAGGGUUCCAUGAGGUUCGCUGGACGUUAGGGUCGUUUUUUGUGUCUGCUUUCUGAUGCCCGUCUCUGCAUUCGCUGGUCUGCCGGAAGCUGGGCAUACUGGACACGUGGGACGGGAGGGGCAGCCCAUUCAGCUCCCUGUCACCGGGACUCCAUCCUUUCAGCUGCUGGAGAUCGUGAGCCGGGAGGGGGUGUCUCUGACCACCGUGCUGACCACACACCACCACUGGGACCACGCCCGGGGAAACGCGGAGCUGGCUCGGCUACAGCCUGGGUUGGCAGUGAUGGGAGCAGACGAGCGCAUCUGCGCGCUCACCCGCAGGCUGGCACACGGCGAGGAACUGCUGUUUGGAGCCAUACAUAUGCGCUGCCUUCUGACACCGGGCCACACCUCCGGCCACAUGAGCUACUUCCUGUGGGAGGAUGAAAGCCCAGACCCGCCAGCCCUCUUCUCUGGGGAUGCACUGUCGGUGGCUGGCUGUGGCUGGCGCCUGGAGGGCACUGCUCAACAAAUGUACCAAAGCCUGGCAGAUAUCUUGGGUAACCUGCCCCCCCAGACGAAGGUGUUUUGUGGCCAUGAGCACACGCUGAGCAACCUUGAGUUUGCACAGAAAGUGGAGCCCUGUAAUGACCACGUGAGAGCCAAGCUGUCCUGGGCACAGCUUUGGAUUCCCAGGUGGCCUGUCACGCUGCAUGUGGCUGGGCUGUCAGAGGCGCCCCGUGGUGACAUGGGCCUGUGAUCAUUGCAGAAGAGGGAUGAGGAUGACAUGCCUACAGUGCCUUCCACCCUGGGCGAGGAGCUCCUGUACAACCCUUUCCUGAGAGUUCAGUGAGUACAGCUGUGGGCAGAGGCUCCCCACAGGUGGGGCCUGUGCCAGCUCCCCUAGGGCAUCCUUGGAGGCACAGAAGCUGCUUGAAUACCGUCCUGGGGCUCCCUGUAGAGCAGGCUGGCAGGGGCUGGCGUCCUGCCGUCCUCAGAGCCUCUGUGGCAGUCAUUUGGGUAGUUAGGAGGGUAUCUGGGGGCUGGUUAUUGUGCUGAAUGUCCCUGGCAUCAGGAAACACGGCUUGUUAACUGUCCUCUUGUCAUCUAUUGCCCUGCCUAUCCCCACUCUCAUGGGCAUCCAGCCAGACCAGCGAUUCCCCAGCCUGCCUUCCCUCACAGGGAGGAGUCCAUACAUCAGUUCACAGGCCAGACAGCCCCGGCCUGGGUCCUAGAGGUGCUCUGCAGGGAGCGGGCAAAGUUCCAGCAUGCUUCCGAGCCACUG